AUGACACUGUUAUCAUUAAAGACUUCUUUCAGGUUCUUCUCACAUACAUCCGUGGUGGCUCCAAAGUACUCACAGCUGACAAAAAAGCAAGCAAAGCCGUGUCUAUUGCAAAAGCUUCCCAACGAAGUUAUUGCCUGUAUAUAUUAUCAUCUUGAAACCCCUGAAUGUAAAGCCGAAUUUGCUCGAAUCUGUAAAAGCUUCUACCAAACAUCUGUUCAGUUGCGCUCUAAAGCGGGUUGGAUUUUCACGCGUGUUGGCCCUCGGUUUGCUAUCUAUUACGCUUUAUUGUCCUGUCCUGAACAUUGUACCUCUUCUUUUCUCGACAUACUGCUUCAUUUUGGCGCAGUCAUCCCAUACCAUCUCCUGCAGAGCGUUGUUCUUGAAUACGGUAAGCCGAAACAACAGCAAUAUCAACACCAGCGUCGUCGGUCAUCACAAAUAUUAGACGACUACUUUCACGAGCAGAUACAAAAACUACCAUUUGAAGGGUUUGUCAAGCUACUGUACGAAGGUAAUCGCCGAUAUAAAGGGCAGAUAAAUAUUCAACAGCUCUCAGUACAACAACAGGCAUUUUCAUGUCUGCAUCAUCAAAAAGGGUCAUCCACUAUCAAUAACUGUCAUGAACUAGAGCGUAUGAUUCAUCAACAAUGGUUUUUCCCUGCUCCUCACUAUUGCACUCAACAUUACUCUCUAAGAUCUCUCACAAAGUACCGCAGCAUUUUUGAAACAAUUUUUCCUUUGUUUGAAUUUGAUCCUAGUGCCAGAGCACAAUUAUGGGAGGCCAUCUUAUCGCUUUUCUUUGAUGAAGCCUUCAAAUCCAACAGCGACACAGCGACACUCACAAAGCAACACCAAGAAUUAUUUGGGUGGAUAGGCAAUCUUAUGAACAAAAGAGUCAUGCUUUUAUCUUCUUUUAAAGAUGAGCAUAUCUUUUGUGAAGUUUUUAUACAAUUCUUUACGAAAUAUCCUGUGGGUUACUGUCAGGAAAAGACCAUGAAAAAACUAUUGCUUCUACUGAAACAGUAUGUUCAAACAACCUUUAGUUUAGAAAUGACACUGGAGGAAAUAGUAGAACGGCAAUUGUGCAGACCAGAUAUCUCUCAAUUUGUCAGCCUUUUUUUAGAUGAAGAAAGGAAAAAAUUGAGACGACAUUAG